UUGUUUUUGAUGGACGUUUUCAACAUAAAAUUGAAGAUGAAAGUUUAUUUAAUGGAAAUAAUAAUAAUAGUGGUGUUUUCCCUUCACCUCCACCAAUGGAAACUAUCUGGCCUGUAGAAGACAAGGAAAACAUGAAACAAACAAAACAUGAAAAACACGAAGAAAUGGAAAAUGUUGGGGAAGAAGAAAACAACGAAAACAACAAACAAACCAGUAAAAACAUGCAAGACAACAAAAACAUUAAAAACAACAUCACACAAACAGAAAACACAAAAACAUUGUUGCCAACAAGUUUAAUAUCAGAAGAAACUUCAACAACAUUAAUUACAACAACUAUGGAAGAUAGAAACAACUUACUCUUUGUUUUUAAUAAUACAAAAACGAAGCCUGUUGCUACAACCAAAAAAGUUGUUAUUCAAACAAAACCUAGCACCACUCAAGUACCAAACAUAAACAAGAAAAUCCGGAUGGUGAUGAUUUGUUAA